GUUGUAUUAUGUCAAUAUCAGGUGCUGUUAGUGUCAGCUGACUUUUUGGUCCCUUCAUAUAUUAUUACAUCUGGAGCAUAUAUUUUGUAAUUUACUUCUAAAACAUGGCUUCAAAGGAUAGGUUAUUAAUCUUCCCUUCAAGAGGAGCUCAAAUGUUAAUGAAGGGGCGUCUAAAGGGUGCCCAGAAAGGCCACAGUUUAUUAAAGAAAAAAGCAGAUGCUUUGCAGAUGCGAUUUAGAAUGAUUUUGAAUAAAAUCAUUGAGACAAAAACUCUUAUGGGAGAAGUUAUGAAAGAAGCAGCGUUUUCCCUGGCCGAGGCAAAGUUUGCAACAGGUGAUUUCAAUCAAGUUGUCCUUCAGAAUGUUACCAAGGCUCAGAUCAAAAUAAGAACUAAAAAAGACAAUGUAGCAGGUGUUACUUUACCAGUAUUUGAAUGUUAUCAAGAUGGUACUGAUACUUAUGAACUUGCUGGUUUGGCUAGAGGUGGUCAACAACUGACCAAAUUAAAAAAGAACUAUCAAAGUGCUGUGAAACUUUUGGUUGAAUUAGCUUCUUUGCAAACUUCUUUUGUAACUUUGGAUGAAGUAAUUAAAAUCACCAAUAGAAGAGUAAAUGCUAUUGAGCAUGUUAUCAUUCCAAGAAUUGAACGCACUUUGGCCUAUAUAAUUUCCGAACUUGACGAAUUGGAAAGAGAAGAGUUUUACAGGUUGAAGAAAAUUCAAGAUAAAAAGAAAAUUCACAAAGCUAAAGUAGAGAAACAGAAACAAGCACUUCUGGAAGCUGGAUUACUCAAAGAAUCGCAACCUGGCAACUUGUUGGAUGAAGGGGACGAGGAUCUACUUUUUUAAACUCCUUUAGCUUUAAUACAACUUUAAUUAUAUAUAUAUAUAUAUAUAUAUAUAUAUAUAUAUAUAUAUAUAUAUAUAUAUAUAUAUAUAUAUAUAUAUAUAUAUAUAUAAGUAAAUAUUUUAUUUACAUCUUUUAGAUGCAGUCUGCAAUAGUUAUUUUUCGCAUUUAACCUGUAACCUGUUGACAUUAAACUUUAUGAUUUUGAUCAAACUACUUUUUUAUGGAGUUACUUGUGAAAAAUAAUCUUAUUUUUAACAGAAAAUGUAUAUUCCAUCAUAGUAUUAUUGAGUUUUAAAUAAUUGUCUUAAUAAUUCAAGUUUGUAGAUAUAUUCAUAACAUGCUGCAUUUAGCAAAUUUAAUCUAUAGUAAUAAAUUUUGUUGGAGUUA